UCUAAACGUGUUUGUCUUUACACAUAAGCUUACAAGAAGGUAUUUCACACCCCAUUUUUCAACUCCUCUUACGAAGCAGUCCCUCCCUCCUCCUCCUCCUCCUCUUUUCCUCCUCCUCUUCAGUGAUUUUCAGUUUUUUUCUGUUUGAAAAAAUGGAGGACAUCACCGGAGGCGCAUCUUUACCAUCAACAGGAACAGACGCAAAAAAACGCCGAGUCACCUACUUCUACGAACCCACAAUCGGCGACUACUACUACGGUCAAGGCCACCCAAUGAAACCCCAUAGAAUCCGUAUGGCCCACAACUUGAUAGUCCACUACGCUCUCCACCGUCGGAUGGAAAUCAACCGUCCAUUCCCAGCAGGUCCUACAGACAUACGAAAGUUCCAUUCUGAUGAGUACGUGGAAUUCUUGUCUUCAGUGUCGCCACAAUCUGUGGGUGAUCCAGCAUUUGGGAGGCAGUUGAAGAGGUUUAAUGUUGGCGAAGAUUGCCCAGUUUUUGAUGGGUUAUUUGGGUUUUGCCAAGCCUCUGCUGGUGGCUCUAUUGGUGCUGCUGUUAAGCUUAAUAGAGGGGAUGCUGAUAUUGCUUUGAAUUGGGCUGGUGGCUUACAUCAUGCUAAGAAGAGUGAGGCUUCUGGGUUUUGUUAUGUUAAUGAUAUUGUUCUUGGCAUUCUUGAGUUGCUCAAAGUUCACAGGCGUGUACUGUAUGUAGAUAUUGAUGUCCACCACGGAGAUGGUGUUGAGGAGGCAUUCUACACUACUGACAGGGUUAUGACAGUGUCCUUCCAUAAAUAUGGAGAUUUCUUUCCAGGGACUGGGCACAUUAAAGACACUGGUGCUGGGCAGGGGAAAAGCUAUGCCCUGAAUAUUCCAUUGAAUGAUGGGAUGGAUGAUGAAAAUUUCCGUGGUCUGUUUCGGCCUCUAAUCCAAAAAGUGAUGGAGGUUUAUCAACCUGAUGCAGUUGUUCUCCAAUGUGGUGCAGAUUCGUUGUCUGGUGAUAGGUUGGGGUGUUUCAAUUUGUCUGUUAAGGGCCAUGCAGACUGCCUUCGUUUUCUUAGAUCUUAUAAUGUUCCUCUGAUGGUCUUGGGUGGGGGUGGCUAUACUAUCAGGAAUGUUGCCCGUUGCUGGUGCUAUGAGACAGCUGUUGCAGUUGGGGUGGAACCAGAUAAUAAAUUGCCUUACAAUGAGUACUUUGAGUACUUUGGCCCUGAUUAUACACUUCAUGUUGAGCCAUCCAACGUGGAGAACCUAAACUCACCCAAAGAUAUGGAGAGAAUAAGGAACAUACUGCUAGAGCAACUUUCUCGACUGCCCAAUGCUCCCAGUGUACCUUUUCAAACAACACCACCCACAACUGAAGUUCCGGAAGAGGCUGAAGAGGACAUGGAUCAAAGACCAAAGCGUCGCAUAUGGAAUGGUGAGGAUUUUGAGUCUGAUCAUGAUGAAGAUGAGAAACCUGGACCUAGAUUUUUCAAUGCUGAUGCACAGCCAAAUAAUAAGAUAAGGGAUGGUGUGGAUGCGAUGGAAGAAGACAAGAAAGAGCAUCCAGGGUUGUGAUGCACGGAGAUCAGUCAUCUUCUAGUUUCAGUCCUAUCCCCCAACACGUAGCGAAGGAUUUUAUGUUUGGACCACCAACCAUAUAGAUACCUUUGACAAAUAUCAUUAGAAUAGGCAGUUGCAAAUGGUAAUAUUUCCUAGUUUUGCAAAGUCUUUUUGUUAAAUUACUGUGUUGUACAAUUAGUUGUGGUUGAUAACCAAGCAUAAUUUACGCACGCUUGUUUGUGGAGCUCAGAUCAUGCCAAACAUAAUUGAUAGGAUUGUUCUUUUUCUCUA